CAAGAAGUGUUCCAGUUUCCAAUUCUUUCGAGCGAAGGAAAGGCAGGAGAAGAAAGGUUCGACCAGGUUCGACUACUUGUUACCACUGGAUUUUCAUGUGAUAAGUGAGUGUUCUUAAUUGUAAACAGGAAACUCAUCUGGAAUGGAAGGAAGGCCUGUUCAGAUUGUGGUGGCUAAAGAAGACCAUACAUUUGAAUUGGAUGAAGAAGCUCUGGCCAAUAUUGUGUGUCAAGAACAUGUGAAAGACAAACACAUUGCUGUUAUAUCUGUUGCAGGAGCAUUUCGCAAAGGGAAAUCUUUCCUUCUAGAUUUUUUUCUUCGUUACUUGAAAGCGAAUGGUUCAGCUGAUUGGCUUGGGCCUGAAGAUCGACCUUUGACAGGUUUUUCUUGGAGAGGAGGUUGUGAAAGGGAUACCACAGGAAUUCUUGCAUGGUCUGAAAUUUUAAUGGUGGAUGCUCCUAAUGGAGAGAAAAUUGCUGUUCUUUUGCUGGAUACUCAAGGAGCUUUUGACAGCCAAAGCACUGUUAGAGAUUGUGCAACUAUAUUUGCACUCAGCACUAUGACAAGCAGUGUUCAAGUUUACAACCUUUCUCAGAAUAUCCAGGAGGAUGACUUGCAACAUCUACAACUUUUUACUGAAUAUGGGCGACUUGCGCUAGAAGAUUCUGGGGAUGUUCCGUUUCAAAAGUUGGAAUUUCUUGUUCGCGAUUGGAGCUUCCCAUACGAAGCCUCUUAUGGGCAAGAAGGCGGAUCGUCAAUUCUCGAACGUCGAUUGCAGAUCUCUGACAAGCAGCAUCCUGAACUUCAAGCUCUUCGCAGACAUAUUCGUGCUUGUUUUACAGAUAUUUCCUGUUUUUUGAUGCCUCAUCCUGGGCUCAAAGUAGCUACCAAUCCUAACUUUGAUGGCCGUUUAACUGAUAUUGAACCAGAUUUUAAGGAUCAGUUAAAAAUAUUAGUUCCGCUUCUUCUGUCACCAGAGAAUUUAGUUGUAAAACAGAUCGGCGGUAACCGUAUUAGAGCCAAAGAGUUACUUCAUUACUUUCAGUCUUACAUGGCUAUUUACAAGGGCGAUGAAUUACCGGAACCGAAAUCAAUGUUAGAGGCUACUGCUGAAGCUAACAAUCUUUCAGCCGUCGCUGGUGCUAAAGAAGUUUAUUCAACCAUGAUGGAAUCUAUUUGUGGCGGAGACAAACCAUUCAUGAGUUCAAAUGCACUGGAUGGUGAACACUUGCGCGUAAAAGAUAAGGCAAUGGAACACUUUGUGGGGCGCAGGAAAAUGGGUGGAGCUGAAUUCUCAGAAAAGUACAAAGAAAGAUUAGAACAGGAAAUUGAGGAACAAUUCGGUCACUAUCGGACACAAAACGAAAGCAAAAAUAUUUUCAAAGCAUUUAAAACACCAGCUACUUUGUUUGUAGUUGCAAUUUUUUUCUACUUUGUGUCUGGAUUCUUAGGCUUACUCGGCCUAUAUCCUUUGGCCAACUUAGCCAAUCUCAUGAUGGGCUUGACUCUGGUGACUCUCUGUACAUGGGCUUACAUCAGAUAUUCAGGAGGAAUGCGAGAUAUUGGAACGGUGAUCGACUUCGUGGCGGAAGCAAUAUGGGAAAAAGCUGUACGACCGGCGUAUUUAAACAUGGCUGGAUCGGGAUUGGAACAAGUAACGCAACAAAUGACAAACAUUACAAUGGGCACGCAGGUUGCAGCAGGUGUUGGUAAUCACACCAGAGCAAAUAUUUCUAAAGCCAAAUCAUCGUGAACAUAUCCGGCUAGAACCUACAGUGGGCACUUUGUUCGCUGGUCGCCGCUCAAGUGCCUUACUGAAUUAGGAAAUAUUGCGCCCUUUAUCAAGACAAAAUUGAAAGGGAUAGGAUUUUAUUGCCUGGUGUGUUAAUAGAAAAAUAUUUCGUGGAUGUAUCUUUGUGAAACAGGCUCGCCAUUCAUUUAAUUGGCAUCCCCCUCUGGUUGGUCCCCGUGUGCCAUUUUUUGCUAGUUAUCCUUUUUUGUUUUCUUUGUAUAUGGGUUCACUCAAAAUUAUUGGUAUCAAGAGUAAUAAAAAGAUAUAAAAGA